AUGGCGGCCACUGUCAUAUACCAUUUGGAGGGGAAAAUCCUAGAGGUAAUUCCAGUGGUUUGUGAGUACCCCGAUGUGUUUCCGGAGGACUUGCCAGGUAUGCCUCCCGAUCGGGAUAUUGAGUUUGUCAUUGAGUUACAGCCUGUCACCAUCAAAAACAAAUAUCCACUUCCUCGUAUUGAUAUCCUUUUUGAUCAACUAGCCGGAGCUAAGGUAUUCUCAAAAAUAGAUCUUCGAUCUGGCUAUCAUCAGAUAAAAAUCAGACCGGUGGAUAUACCAAAAACAGCAUUCUCUACUCGUUAUGGGUUAUACGAGUAUUUGGUGAUGUCCUUUGGAUUAACCAAUGCUCCAGCGUAUUUCAUGUACCUCAUGAAUUCGGUAUUCAUGCCGGAGUUAGACAAGUUCGUCGUGGUCUUCAUUGAUGACAUCUUGAUCUACUCCAAGAAUGAGGAAGAACAUCCGAUGACUGAACUUCUGAAAAAGGGUGUCAAGUUCUAUUGGAGUAAUCAAUGUGAGGAAGCUUUCCAGAAAUUGAAGACACUUCUCACUUCUGCUCCAAUCUUGGCCCAACCAGAUACUACAAAACCAUUCGAUGUCUACUGUGAUGCCUCAGGCACAGGACUCGGCUGUGUUCUGAUGCAGGAGAACCGAGUGAUUGCUUAUGCAUCUCGAUCACUCAAGCGUCAUGAAGAAAACUAUCCCACUCAUGAUCUUGAAUUAGCAGCUAGUCUCAAAUAUCUUUUCACUCAAACUGAUUUGAACAUGCGUCAAAGAAGAUGGCUUGAAUUGAUUAAAGAUUAUGAACUCGAAGUGCAUUAUCAUCCUGGCAAGGCAAAUGUAGUUGCCGAUGCGCUGAGUCGCCUCAGAAAACAGAUCCUUGAUGAAGCCCAUACUUCACGACUAUCAAUUCAUCCGGGUAGCAACAAGAUGUACCAAGACCUGAAGCAACGAUUCUGGUGGACUCGGAUGAAAAGAGAAAUUGCCAAGUUUGUGUCCGAGUGUGAUAUCUGUAGAAGAGUUAAGGCUAGUCAUCUCAGACCAGCUGGAACUCUCCAGCCCUUGAAUAUUCCAGAAUGGAAAUGGGAAGAUAUAAGCAUGGAUUUCAUCGUCGGUUUACCUCGAACUCAAAAGGGUUAUGACUCUAUUUGGGUUGUGGUCGACAGGUUAACCAAGUCGGCACAUUUCCUCCCAGUUAAGACGACGUACUUGACUAAGCAAUAUGCGGAAUUGUACAUGGAUCGCAUACUAUGUUUACAUGGUGUGCCAAAGACUAUCAUUUCCGAUCGAGGAACUCAGUUCGUUGCCCGUUUUUGGGAGCAAUUACAUGCUUGCUUGGGAACACAUCUUAUUCGCAGCUCUGCAUAUCACCCUCAAACAGACGGUCAAACCGAGAGGAUAAAUCAAAUUUUGGAAGAUAUGCUCCGUGCUUGCGUCUUGACCUAUCCACAGAAAUGGGAUCAAUGCUUGUCGUUAGCUGAAUUCUCUUAUAACAAUAGUUAUCAAGAAAGCAUCAAAAUGGCUCCAUUUGAAGCAUUGUAUGGUCGUCGCUGCCGUACACCUCUCAAUUGGUCUGAAACAGGGGAAAGAACAAUCUUUGGGCCCGACAUGGUUCAAGAGGCCGAAGAACAAGUCCGCCUUAUCCAAGCCAACUUAAAGAUUGCACAGUCCCGACAGAAGAGCUAUGCGGAUAAAAGAAGAGAUCCACUCGUCUUUAAAGUCGGUGACUAUGUCUAUUUAAAAGUAUCACCUUGGAAAGGCGUGCAAAGGUUUGGAAUAAAGGGAAAGCUAGCUCCCCGCUACAUCGGUCCAUAUCCAAUUGUGGAACGAUGCGGUCCUGUGGCUUAUCGGUUGGAUCUUCCAGCGAAUCUUUCUGCAGUUCAUAACAUCUUCUGGUCCGAGCUUGAGACCCGCAGCCAGGGUCUCGAGAUCCGUAAGCAGGAGCUGGACAAGCUCUCUGGGAUCCUGGCUGGAUGGCGGAAGCAGCUGGAGGAGAGGGCCAGCAAGCAGGCUGUUGCCGAGUUGGAGCUGGAGGAGGACAGGAAGUCCCUCAAUAGGCGGGAAUCCCAUGCUGCCAACAUGGAGAAACAGCUUGAGCGCCAGCGCGAGUCCCUCAAGAAGCUGAAGGAGUCGGUGGAGAAGAGGAAAGCUGAGCUCGAGGAGAGGUCCCGCGAGGUGGAGGCUGCCAAGGCCGCUCUGGACACCCGUGUGCAAGAGGCGGUCCGGGAGGCGGUCCGAAACCUGCAAGAGGACCAGCGCAGGGGUGCCCAGCGGAUCGUCGACUGGGCAAGCGAAGCGAGCCUGGCGCUGGUGCAACUUGGAAUGAGCCCAAUCCAUGUGGUGGAGCCGCCAACUUCGAUUGCGGACGCCCUCCCUGUGCUGAACUCCGCUUCGGAUAGGCUCCGGCAGACGGAGACUGCCGCCUGGGAAAGCGUGCGGGACGUCGUCAACUUCGUCGCCACCUACAACAAGCGGGAGCCUGCAGACUCCUGA